GGUUCAACUACGGCGUAUCUCGAAUUUGGAGCACAUCUGUUGUCCUGUAUUUAACAUACUACCUGCUUCCAUCACCUUUGUCUUCAAAUUCCAGAAAAAUUGCUCCACCCCCAAGCAAUCCAUCGCAUCUCCAACCCAAAGUUUACCCAACGCGAAGCCGCCUCAGAUCAGACCAUGGUCAAACCAAGACUAUCUCCAAAUGUUUCCUCUAGCAAUUGUUUUGCUUAGUCGCCACAAAGACCCCGCCUCUUCUCCCCUUCUUCUUCUCUCUUGCCCUUCCCUCUUGCCCUUCCUUCUUGCUCCUCUCUCUUCCUUCCUCUCCCGCAUACUCUCCUUGAUCGCUGGCACAAGACGAAAUUCUCCCACAAAGCCAUCUCAUUAUUGGCACCAACCGGAUGCCCUUUAGCUUUACCCCAUUAUCCAACUUUGCUGGUCUCUUCCAAAUAGAAUACGCUGACCAAGAGCAGGUAUCUAGCGGUCUGACCUACAAAUACGACACGAUAGCUUUCCUCGCCGAACAGGGUCACCGUUACCUCUCGCCAGCCACGAUAGGUAUGCCACGCCGGCAGAGAGACAAUGCUUCUGUUGCAAAACUGCUGCUGAAUUGUCGCAUCUAGGUGAGAACCGUCACCAUCAAGAAUAUCACCACCAAGCUGCCACUAUACCCCCGACAUCACAUCGAUAAUCGAUUGAACAACUCUCACAUGCUUACUAUCCAACUAUCGACUGCAGAGAAGGACAAGGAAUAGAAAGAAAUAAAGGACGCUAUAUGGAACAGAGAAUCAAAUUCGGCUUCAGUGACUAAGCUUGGUAGAUUAAUGUGCACAGAAUGCCACGAGUAUAUACCGACUGAAUAGAUAAUAAUAUAUACACACACAUCAUGCGAGCGCCUUCCAUGUUGUACAUAAUCACGCAUUGUGACCAAUUUCCAUCCGCUGCAUACUCGAAAGCUCAUCCAAGUCCACACAAUAUGUCGCCCAGUGGCAGAAAAUGUGCAAUACGCAAAAUAGCAAAUAAGAUAAACGCUGGAGUGGCUCCAUUUCAAUCGUACAUGAUAUCGUGUUGAAAGCCACACAUACCCGACACAAUGAAGAAGAAUGAUUAUGUUUUGUGGCGAUUCGUAUGUCCAGGGAGAGAGGAGACCAACUCUAUGUCGACCUGAACGCCCCGUGCAAAAAGCAAAAUAGAGGAGAUGAAGAUGUAGUAAACAAAUCAAGAGAAAUGAACAGAAUAGAAAAAA